AUGAGAAUCGAGGGCCAGGACGGCAAGGAAAUUACAAUGAGAGUGGAAAGACUGGACUGGAAUCUCAUUUUGAACCGUUGCCCGCCUCCGGUCCAAUACAAAGCCUACCGCGAACCCACACCGCGAACAACCGUGCUGUGUGUGGUGGGCGAGCCAUUCGAGUCUCUCUAUUCCCUCAGCUCUCGGGUUUCCAUCUUCCUUAACUUUUACCCUCCUCCGCUCGUCGGUCUGCCACUCACGUCUUCCUUUGCCUUCAGCUUUCCUCACCCCAAGCAAGGAGGCGGCGGAUUCAAGGCCUUCUCCACCGACCGCUACGUUCUUACGGCUGCUACCAAACGUCGCCUUCCCAGGACCCUAAUUCGCCAGUGCAAGUACGAGGCGGCGGUCGAAUCACCGAGGCAAACUGCACAGCGGAGCAACUCGAUUUCCCCAGCUCAUAGUCUCACGUACGCCCCCAUUCGCGCACCCACGACCGCGCUUCUUUCGAGAGGGACGAACCUGUCACCGCUUUCUGCGAGUUCUGCUUGGCGACGCCGGCAGGUAGCUUGCCGGUCGAUUUUCGAGGAGGGACGAAGACCAGGCGGUAUACAAAGCGGACGCCCUGUCUUUCCCUACAUAAUUCUACGGCCCAGAGAGAGAAUCAACUCUCCCGGCAGCUUGUCUCACACUAGCUCCCCUUUGAGUGGACGGGGAAAUCUCGAUACUACGUCAGAACAGAACCCGCAACCCCUCCUCGACUUUUCUGGGGACCUCCUCCCAUCGCGAGGCUUUGCCAGCGAAGCGGCAAUCGGUACCCUGAAAAGGAUUGACUCACGCAAGCAAACGUCGGACGAAACGUGCGACGAACGCGAGGAGGACAAGCGAAGGAGAAGAAAGAAUCAAGAUCAGGAACUGAGGAAAUACAUGGCAAUGUCAAAGAGAGGCAGACCUGAUAAAAAGGAGGGAAACAUGGAUACUCCCGAGGUUGCGACGCCGACGUCUGGCGCCGCUACGCCCUUGACGGUGCCGUCAACGCCGGCUAAGCCAGAUUUCAUUCCGCUGGUCACGGUUGUCGACUUCCACCAUGCCCGCGGACCCGAAGUUGAGAUGUGGUUUGGCGCGGCGGAGGGUACAGAUCCAGCAGUCGAGUAUGACUGGGGCUUGCUGCCCUUCAUGGCGUUGAGCGACGGUGCGCACUUCCCGGCUGCUAUCUUCGUCUCAAAGCUGGAACAGAAGCUGACGACUCGGACCAGAUCAAGCGAGGAUUUCUCCUACUUUACGCUCCUCCGUCCGGCCACCGCCACGGGGCCUGCGACGUCCCUGUUCGGCAUAUCAUGUACACGGCAGCUCGAUGCCUCGCAGCUCCUUAACCGGCCCGCCGACGUCACGCGCUCGACGGUCCAGAAAGCCGUCGUCGUCAUCGCCGACACGCCGCAGCACUUUGGCAUGAUGCGCGAGCGUCUCAGCGUCGUCACGCAGGCCUGGUUCGCGCAGCGCGAGUUCACCGACACGGAGAUUCUCCGCCGCUUCCAGGAAAGUCUGGCCGAGGAGAAGGAGCGCGGGUUCUUGACGGAGGAGGAGAGCCGCGACCAGUACCUCGGCAUGAGCUUGCGUGAGCUGGUGCAUGAGUUCAAGUCACAGACGCUGAUGCUGUUCAAAUGCUGUUUGCUGCAGCCGAAGAUGCUUUUUUUCGGGUCACGAUGUGAAAGGUUAUGCAUGAUGCAGUUUUCUCUUAUUUCUCUGAUACCCGGACUUAUCCGUAAUCUCGUUGACUGCGCCGACCCGGAGCUGAACAACUACGAGAAGAGGUUGGCGCGGCCCACGAGCUUGCGAACCAGCGAUCGCAACUCUUUACUCACUUACAUGGGCUUGCCCCUGCAGAUUUUCGGCAAGGGUAGUCUGUUUGGCCCAUACACCCCUCUACAGCAACUUGAUAUACUCGCCGACUUUGGCACCAAGUCAUACAUUGUGGGCAGCACGAAUUCACUCCUCUUACAGCAGAGGGACCGUUAUAGCGAUAUUUUAAUCAAUCUCGACGAGCACACCGUCAAUGUCACAUCCUCCUCGCUCAAGAACGCCCUGGCUCUGUCAGCCGCAGACCGCCGUUGGAUAGACUACAUUACCCAAGUAGUUAAUGACACCUGGGACGAAGCCAACCCCCAGCGUCCAAACACCAUGGGCUACGUGGGCAGCGAGGAGUUCAUCCGCCUCCAGUUUGAAGAGUACAUAUUAUCUCUCGUCUCUUCGGUGAAAUACCGCAACCACCUCCAUGCGCACCCGAAUAACCCGAGGGCGCUCCUCCCGCAUAUUGAAGGCGACCCUUCCCUCGACUACGGAAACGAAUUCAUCGAAUAUUGGUCCCGCACCGAAAACCAUCGCAUCUGGAACGGCAACACGGAUUCCCACCUCUUUGACGUCGUCGAGCCGCGGCACCCUUGCGCCGGCGGUCUUACGAUUGAUGACGUGCAGCGCCGCAUCGCGCAGCAGGUCCAGGACAUGCAUCUGGACGAGCGUCUCGCCGUCGGUAAGGAGGUUCUCGGACGCAACUUUGCCGUGGGCAAGGAGAAGGCGUCCAACAUGUUCAACAAAUUCUACUCCGACCUGGAAGCGCUCCGCGAGGCGCAGAGGAAACGGGCCGAGGAGCAGCGCCUGGCUCAGGAGGCUGCUGCCGCGGAGGCGGAAAAGGCUGGCGCUCCCGCCGCCUCUGCUGCAUCGACGGAGAGCUCAGCAGCCGCCAAGGCAGCGGGCAAUUCUGGCAACAAGGCUAGCUCGUACGUGAGUUCGUGGGUCACAUGGGCGGGUGAGAAGCGCAAGGCCGGGUGGGGUGGAGGCAGCGGCAGCGGCAGCGGGAACAGCACCGUGACGUCGCCGACUACGAGUACCAGCGGAGGGUACGGUUGGGGCCGCGGAUGGGGCAAGUCCAAGACGGACGCCAGUAAGGCUGGGAACGGCGGUGACAGGGACUCUGCUUCGAUUUCGGGGUCGCGGGUGUCGACUUCGUCGGCGGGCACGGAGAUCAAUGAUAAGAGGCCGCAUGGCGAAAAGCACGAUUUCCAGCCGCUGACGCAGGGGUCGUAUACGGAGUCGAUUCUCUCAACGGGGUCGAUUGAAUCGGAGACGCCGGCGGGUCACGUGAGGCCAGAGUCGAAGGAUGGAGUUGCGCCGCCCACGACGGUAGGAGCUUCCAAGACGACUGGUGAGGCUGAUAGCAAAUUGAACGGCGGGGAUAGCAGUACUAUUCGGACAGUGGUUUCCGAGGCCGACGUGGAGGGAAGAAAGGGAGGUUCUACGCCGGCCGCGGCCGCGAGUACUCUGCCGACUAAGGCGCAACAGCCACGGCAACAGGAGAGCGACGAGGAGGAGGAGGACGAAGUGGAGGAAUCCAGGGCAACGGCAGCUGCCGCGGAGGCUGCAGCUGAAGCGGCCAAGGCUUGGGGCGAUGAUCGUCCAUGA